GAGACAUGGUGCCUAAGACCAUCGCAGGGAAGAUAUUUGGCUCCAUCUGCUCCCUGAGUGGUGUCCUGGUCAUUGCUCUGCCAGUCCCUGUGAUAGUCUCCAACUUCAGCAGGAUCUACCACCAGAACCAGAGAGCAGAUAAACGCAGGGCACAAAAGAAAGCCCGCCUUGCCAGGAUCCGUGUGGCCAAAACAGGAAGCUCCAAUGCCUACCUGCACAGCAAGCGCAAUGGGCUCCUCAAUGAAGCCCUGGAGCUGACGGGCACCCCGGAAGAGGAGCACAUGGGCAAGACCACAUCAUUCAUUGAAAGUCAGCACCACCACUUGCUGCACUGCCUAGAAAAGACCACUGGGUUAUCCUAUCUUGUGGAUGAUCCCCUGUUAUCUGUACGAACCUCCACCAUCAAGAACCAUGAGUUUAUUGAUGAGCAGAUGUUUGAGCAGAACUGCAUGGAAAGCUCAAUGCAGAACUACCCGUCCACCAGAAGUCCUUCUCUGUCCAGCCACUCGGGACUCACCACCACCUGCUGCUCCCGUCGCAGUAAGAAGACCACACACCUGCCCAACUCCAGCCUGCCAGCCACUCGCCUGCGCAGCAUGCAAGAACUCAGCACGAUCCACAUCCAGGGCAGUGAGCAGCCCUCCCUCACCACCAGUCGCUCCAGCCUUAAUUUGAAAGCAGACGACGGACUGAGUCCAAACUGCAAGACAUCCCAGAUUACCACAGCCAUCAUCAGCAUCCCCACUCCCCCAGCUCUAACCCCAGAGGGAGGAAGUCGGCCACCUCCUGCCAGCCCAGGACCCAACACGAACAUUCCUUCCACAGCCAGCAACGUUGUCAAGGUCUCUGCCUUGUAAAAACACUGGACAGAGGGCCCAAGGGGGUAGUGGGGAGUAAAGGGGGCUGGCAUGUUGGUGGGUGGCCACUGAGACCACUCCCUCCCCCUUUCCCACUAUUUCUGCCUGCCCCGUUGUACCCCUAGCACUGAGACUUGUGCCUGGAGGGAAAAGAAAGCAGCAAAAGGGUUCCUGAGGAUCCCACUGCUGGUGUGGACACAGCCCUGUGACAUUGCAUCUUGCUGGGGCGGAGGAAGGGAGGGGGUGGGUAGGGGAUGGGCCAUUAGGAGGUGUAGGCCACUUGCCUGGACAGGGCCUGGUGGGGGCACCUCAGACCAAAUAACAGUUGUUUCUGGAGACCCCAGCGAAGAAAACACAAGACCAAGAGCAGCUCAGAGGCCAAGUCGCCACAUGCAAACAGGAAGAAAAUAUAACACUGUGUAUUAAGCACCUUUUUCAAGGAUCUUAAUGGAUAAUAUUUAUUCAUGGGAAAAGGUGGAAAACAAAAUCAUCAAUGGAUUUUUGUGAAAUGUUUUUCUCCAUGGACCCAACACCUUUAAACCAAAACAAUGCAUUUUGUGAGGUUGGUUUUUAUUUUUCUCCUUUUAUAGCAAAAGCUUUUAGGCUCAAAGUCAGUUAUUGCUGAGUUCCCUCCCCACUCCCAGGGGUAGUGAGGUCACCUUUGCUGGGUCCUCACUGCCCAGCUAACCUGCACAGAGCUGUCAAGCAACCACACAGCAACCCUUCUGCUCCGUUUGUCUGUCUCCUGUCUCUGUACCUAUCUGCUUCACCUUGGCUGUUUCUGUGUCCAACUGUCUGUCUCACCAUGGACAGUAAAGCCUUCUCUGUCACUGCCAAGUACUGCAGACCUGUGCCUGGGAGUCAGGCCAAGCAAAUGCAAAUACAGAAAAGAAGCCAAGUGGGGUGAGUGGAAGGGUGAGGUAAGUCUACCUUAUGAACAGAGGUGCUUCCCUCGUGAUCGGAACCACUUGCCUUUGUAGUUUGUUGUAGGGGGAGUCGGGGAAUAGUCAUGCUCAUCACACUGAGUCUUGAAAAUGGAAUCAGCAACUUCAGAAAGCAGUUGUUUCUGCUCUGCCCCAGGAAAGACAGAAGCUCCAAGGCUCACAGCUACCAGAGCUCCAGGGCACCUUGCUAUGGACUUUCCUUUAGGAUCCACCAUGAAGCCCAUGCAGCGCUCUGCCAAGCAGCUCCAUGAGCAUCCUCAAGUAAGAACAAUGGACUUGCUGCCCAAGGCAGUUCCUAUACAGAGGUUGUGAAGGUUAAGCCUGGGUGCCUCGAGAGGGAUGUUUCAAAGCAAGAAAGCAAGCAAGAGGCUCUAGAUGAUUCUCUUCUGGUCUAAAAGAUGCUUUGAGGUCUGAGUCAUCUUCAGGCCUCAUCUCUGAAGAUAGCUGGUGGGAACACUGAGGACCUCCACGCAAAUGAGGGAGUGGAGAUUACUUCUUGAAAACGUGGAUAAUAUGUUUGUUCAAGUUAUUUACAUGGUAGUGGGCCUGGGAACAGUAUUUCUGGAAUCUUCCUAAUCAUUUUCACCACUUACGAUGGAGCAGGUUAGCCUCGGGUUAGUUACAAGUGCCCUUUUCUGCCCUUCCCAACCCCAAUUACUUUCCUGUGGUUUCUGAAGCCCAGGAUCUGAGGCAUAUGAGCUGCUUAGGAACUUCUCAUCCAUUCUACAGCUCACAGAUAAGCUGUUCAUUUGCAAGUACAAAAUCUCUCUGCACACUACAACUAUAGAUGGGCUUUGCUGGCCAAGGGCCUGAAAGCACUCCUGGGGCUUCCACGGCUCCAGCUCCAGUGACUCUCUGUACACAGAGGAGUCCAGGUGUCUUGAGUGGUACCAAACCAGAAAGUGGACAGAAAGGCAGAAGAAAGGUGCCCUUUUUCCAUCUUGUCUUCCUGUCCUUAUCCUCAGUGGCUACUGACAGUCCUUUCUUUAGAUCUGGCCCCAGGAUUUCCUCUUGUCAUGGCGUGGAGUUAUUCUUGCAAUCCAGUAAUUCCGUACAUACAUUUUAUCAGCCAAGGCAGAGAGCCAAGCUGGACAGUUUUAGUGGGUAGACAGAGAACUAGAAAAGGAUCUUUUUUUUUUUUUGAAAGAAUGGACCAUGGGACAAAGGAAUGUCCAAGUGCAUGAUACAUCCCAAGAACCGAGUGGGAUAAGAAUACAGAAUUUAAAAGGAACACUGCUGCAGUCACAUACAAGCCACCAUUCUAUUUAAGAACAAAGUCACUACAGGGCUCAACCAAGGAUCUCUAUGUCAUUUGGACAGUACACAGCAUACUAUGGCUCCCAUGAAAAGAAAUAUAUUUUUACAAUUGUGUCCCCCAAAUUCCAUGUUUUAUUGACUUGAGUGAACUGAUGUUUGUGUUGCUUCUAUUUCAUUUCCGAAGCCCAUACCAUGCCUGUUCCCCGCCCCCUGCCCAGCCCCCUAUCCCCCACCCCCGCAAAAAAGCAUCAGACCCUCUUCAUUUUCAUCUCCGCAUUGCAGUCUUGUUAGGGGAUAAGGGACCCAGCUGACCUGUGCGCAAAGAUAUCAACACAGGAAAACAGCUCACAGCCAUAUAUCUCCUAAGGGUAUUUAUGAUUAAGUACAGGGACAAAAGUGUGCUGAACAAUUUAGUAAGUCUGACUCAUUGGCUAGUAAGUGAAGAGCCAGGAUAUCAGAAUCUUCUGGAGACCAACAGCUUUCUGGUGCAAUGACUCACGGUGCACAAACCAUGUUAGAAUAACUGAAAAUUCCCCAAGCCACCACUCCAUUCAACCCUACUUAGCACUGGGGGAGAGGGUAUCCAAAAGACAACUAUAAAAAGUCUAAGACUACAUUCAAAUAAUAAAUGGGAAUAACUUGGAAAUAUAAUAUUGAAUAUACCAGACCUAGAGAAGAUUAAACAAUAGCUAAUUCAUUUUACAGUGUAGAAAACUGAGGCCCAGAGAACUUGACUCCCUCAAGGCAAUGUAGUCAUUUAAGGGUAGAAUAGGGACCAGAGCACAAGACCCUUGGCUACUAGUCUAAUGUGUUUUGUUUUGUUUUGGAGUUUUUUUUGUUUGUUUGUUUUUGUUUUUUGUUUUUUCAAUCACACCCUUUGCCUUGCAGAGUUAGUAUGUUGGGGAAGGUCCAUCGAAGAUGCCAGGACAUCACUAGAGAUAGUCUUGUGUAAAUGUCAACACAACUUGAUGUAGCCCUGGAAAUCACCUGACUGUGCUAAUACAAAUUAUAGACAUCGGAGCCACCAUUUCCUGGGCAGAGCAAGCUACAGGUCAUCAGUUCAAUCAGAAAUAAGUGAAAAGGGAAUGUCCAAGAGUUUCCAGGCAAAUGCUCAAUUUUCUCAAUGAAAAAGAGACUUGGACAAUGACAUUUCAAAGCAUACUUUUCUGUUGCUUCUCACCACAAUCUGUGAAGGUAGUUAACGCAGAAAUUCCUUGAUUCAGAGAAAAGUAAUGGGCACAAAGAAAAUGAGUGACUCAUGCAAGGUUUCAUGGCAAGUUAAUGGCAGAAUUAUGAUUUGGUCCAGAACCUAGACAUCAUGCCCUGGGGGAGUCUUCUAUAUCCUGCUCUAUGGCUCUAGGGUUUGCUUAUGUUUUUAAAAGCUGGAUUUCAAGGGAGAUGAUUAGGGGAACAUUCCUGAAGUAGCAGGACCUCCUGAAACAGACCAUUAUUUCUUCCUAAUCCCCAUUUUUCCUAACUAGUCUCAAGCUCAGGACUAAUUGUACAGAACCCCUUUCAAAAGACCAGUAGAUACUCUCAACAACUGAGUGUUAUUAGAAUAUGACCACAUAAUUUUUGAACAGAUGUUGAGGAGGAUGGUAAAUGAUGACCCAUGGUUGACAAAGGUCACAUACAGAACUGCUGAGGACAUUAUACAGUUGUUUUGUUUUCUCUGCAGUUCAGGAUCAAGUCAUUUUCUUAUCAGAAUGCAGGUAGGGAAAGUACCUGGGAGCAUUAUAUGCCUAGAUCAUUUUCCUUGUCUUUUUAAAAAUAGCAGUAGUGAUUGAAAUUGAGCUAGCAUUAGAUUUGAAAUUAUUAAUGAAUUCUAGUGAUCCAGGCUCCCUCACUUCAAUUACUAGGUAACUAAGGCAGAAGGAGCCCAAUACCGUUCAUUUGAAGUAAUAGUUUCCCUUUCAUGCUAGUUGGCAUGGUAACCACCGUAAAAGGAACACGAGAGACUUUUAUUUUCCCUCUGAUUUCCUAAUGAAUUCUCAUUACUUGCAAAGCUUUAAAACGAUGGGAUAAAGGAAAAACAUUGUCACGACCCAUGACACUUGGAGCCCAAAUAGCAUCAUGAAAAGCAUUAGAACCAAGGAAACAUGGCUUUGAAAAAUGAAAUGGCUUUUUAAAGGGGUUCCUUAUGGGUCUUGUUUUUUAAUCAGGAUAUUCUGUUUUCUCAUCAAAUAUAGGAAUGACAUUUAUCUUAGCAGGUUAUUUAAACUAAGCUGGCUGAUGUCACAUUAGCCAGUGCAGGGCACUGACCCAAGUCCUGGGGGACUACUUGGACCAAUGGACUAUUUUACAAACCAGGGAGGUGGGAGGGAUGGUAUAUUUUUGAUAAUCAGACAUUCCAAUGUUUUCCUUAGAGGUCAUGAGCUCCCAUUAAUGUUCUUGUGAAAAACAUCAAGUGUGUUCUUUUCUAUUUUCGUAUAAUUACUGGGCUUUGCUUAACAACAUCACAACGGCAAAGAAAUACACUGUACAAAACUGCAGGAAGACAAACGUGGAAACUUUCUGUGGGGGAAGAAAAAGCUCUUCAGUUUCUUGUCUUCCUUUGAAACUGUAGUGCAUAUGUUAUAACAUGUAUAUCAUUUACAGUAUUGAGUCCUGUGCCACUGCUGUACCUGAUGUAUCCAAUCUGGAUUAAACAAACUAUGUGCCACAA